AAUGUCAUUGUGUUGACUGAUGAACUGUGGCAUAAUGCAUUUAGUGUUCAUUCCAAACAUCAAUCAAUAAAUAACUUGGGCCUCUGGCUAUAAGGGAAAUUCUAUAGGUAAAAGAACUGAUUGACCCCCACCCCCUAUAGGUGCUGUCCUGCUAUGGAAUCCCUUUGCUCAGUUUUCUCCUGUCCAAUCAGGUGGAAUGUUUCACAGGCACAUGGUUUAUACAGCUCAAAAUAACUUGGGACCUGUGAGCUGACAAAUGCUCUGGCUCUGGUGGUGACAGGUUGUCCAGCUUCUUACAGCCAUCUUCACUGAAACUAAGGUUAACUCCUCACUCUCUAUGGACGGCUACUCUCUAUUUCCAAGGGCGUGAAGAAUUUCCCUCUUCUCCUGUGCUUUCAUCUAAAAGUUCUCCCUGGAUAAUUAUCAUUGCAGUGGAGUGCCUGGAUUGGACAUCCUCAUCUGGGUCAACUAAGAAAAGAAAGGGUCUUCUUAGAGCCUGAAGAAAGAUAGCACCGAGUUAACAUGAGUUGAAAAACAUGUCCAAAGCAUGCAAGACGACAGCGUAGAAGCUUCUACUUCCAUAUCUCAGCUUCUAAGAGAGAGCUAUUUAGCUGAAACCAGACAUCGGGGAAACAAUGAGAGGAGUCGAGCAGAGCCUUCCUCCAACCCUUUCCAUUUUGGCAGUCCUUCUGGGGCCGCUGAAGGAGGCGGAGGCCAAGAUGACCUUCCAGAUCUUUCAGCCUUUCUGAGCCAAGAAGAAUUAGAUGAAAGUGUCACUCUGGCAAGACUAGCCAUCAAUCACGACCCUUUGGAGAAGGCAGAUGAAACUCAAGCUAGAAAACGACUUUCUUCUGAUCAGAUGAAACACACACCUAAUUUAAGUUUUGAGCCUAACUUCUGCCAGGAUAACCCUCGAAGUCCCACCAGCUCCAAAGAAAGCCUCCAGGAGGCAAAAAAGCCACAGUAUUGUUCUGAAACCCAGUCCAAAAAAGUAUUCUUAAAUAAGGCUGCCGACUUCAUUGAAGAGCUAUCCUCCCUUUUCAAAUCUCACAGCUCCAAAAGGAUUAGACCUCGUGCCUGCAAAAACCACAAGAGUAAACUGGAAUCUCAAAACAAAGUUAUGCAGGAAAAUAGCUCCAGUUUCUCAGAUCUGUCAGAAAGACGAGAAAGAUCUUCUGUUCCCAUCCCUAUCCCUGCGGAUACCAGGGAUAAUGAAGUGAAUCACGCCCUCGAAGAGCAGGAAGCCAAGAGGCGUGAAGCGGAGCAGGCUGCCAGUGAGGCGGCUGGUGGAGACACCACCCCAGGGUCCUCCCCUUCAUCUCUGUACUAUGAAGAACCUCUGGGGCAACCUCCUCGGUUCACUCAAAAGUUACGGAGCAGAGAAGUUCCAGAAGGAACUCGAGUACAGUUGGAUUGCAUAGUGGUAGGAAUUCCACCACCUCAAGUAAGUUGCACUCUGUAUAUGAAGAAGAGUUGCUUUGAUGCUUGGAAAGAGCUGGAAAUGCUUGCUAGCUAGCCAAAUGAGCAGAUCUGGCAAGCCAUCCUUGUGCAUGAAAGGCCUGCUGAGGCCAUCCUGGCCAUCUGAGUAAGGACAAAAACACUUCUGACAGAGAGUUUGGGCAUUUGAAUCAUUCCAUUUAUCUCCUUCUGGCUAUCCAAUUGCUCAUAGAUGUUUCCACUCUCAUUUUGGUGGUACUGUGAAGGCAAGGAGCUUGAAAAUUCCCCAGACAUUCACAUCGUCCAGGCAGGAAAUCUGCACUCACUGACCAUUGCAGAAGCCUUUGAAGAGGACACAGGACGCUAUUCCUGCUUUGCUUCUAACAUCUAUGGGACAGAUUCAACUUCUGCUGAGAUUUAUAUAGAAGGGGUUUCUUCUUCUGACUCAGAAGGGGACCCUAACAAGGAAGAGAUGAAUCGAAUCCAGAAGCCAAAUGAGGUGUCAUCUCCUCCCACUACCUCUGCAGCCAUUCCUCCGGCAGUACCCCAAGCCCAGCAUUUGGUGGCCCAACGUGGUGUGGCAACCAUCCAGCAGUGUCAGAGCCCCACCAAUUACUUGCAAGGAUUGGAUGGAAAACCUAUCAUUGCAGCUCCUGUGUUUACAAAGAUGCUACAAAAUUUGUCAGCUUCUGAGGGUCAGCUGGUUGUCUUUGAAUGCAGAGUAAAAGGAGCUCCAUCUCCUAAGGUUGAGUGGUAUAGAGAAGGGACUUUAAUAGAAGAUUCUCCAGAUUUUAGGAUUUUACAGAAAAAACCUCGAUCCAUGGCAGAGCCAGAGGAGAUUUGCACCUUGGUCAUUGCUGAGGUGUUUGCAGAAGAUUCUGGGUGCUUCACAUGUACUGCAAGCAACAAAUAUGGGACAGUGUCAAGCAUUGCACAGCUGCAUGUGAGAGGAAAUGAGGACCUCAGCAACAACGGGUCUCUUCACUCAGCCAACUCCACCACCAACCUGGCUGCUAUUGAGCCACAGCCCUCCCCACCCCACUCAGAGCCUCCAUCUGUGGAACAACCCCCCAAACCCAAACUCGAGGGAGUUCUGGUGAACCACAAUGAGCCCCGGUCCAGCUCCAGGAUUGGGCUUCGUGUGCACUUCAACCUGCCUGAAGAUGACAAAGGAAGUGAAGCAUCCUCCGAGGCUGGCGUGGUGACCACCAGACAGACCAGGCCCGAUUCUUUCCAGGAGAGGUUCAACGGACAGGCAACAAAAAUCCCAGAGCCUUCUUCCCCCGUCAAAGAGCCCCCUCCAGUUCUGGCCAAACCCAAACUUGAUUCCACUCAGUUACAACAGCUUCAUAACCAAGUCUUACUGGAACAACACCAGUUGCAAAACCCAUCUCCUUCAUCUCCUAAGGAGUUUCCUUUCAACAUGAGUGUUUUGAACUCCACUGCUCCCCCAGCGGUGACAACAUCCAGUAAGCAGGUGAAGGCUCCUUCAUCACAGACGUUCAGCUUGGCCCGGCCGAAGCAUUUCUUCCCCUCCACGAACACCACCGCAGCAACCGUGGCCCCUUCCAGCUCUCCGGUGUUCACUUUGAGCAGCACUCCUCAAACUAUUCAGAGGACAGUGAGCAAAGAAAGCCUCUUAGUGUCUCACCCCUCCAUGCAAACCAAAUCUCCAGGAGGGCUUUCCAUCCAAAAUGAGCCACCCCCACCAGGCCCAACAGAGCCAACACCACCACCACUCACAUUUUCCAUCCCCAGCGGAAACCAGUUUCAGCCCCGCUGUGUGUCCCCAACUCCUGUCUCUCCUACCAGCCGGAUUCAGAACCCCGUGGCUUUUCUCAGCUCUGUUCUGCCUUCUCUCCCUUCCAUCCCACCCACAAAUGCCAUGGGACUGCCUAGAAGUGCACCAUCCAUGCCGUCCCAGGGAUUAGUGAAGAAAAAUACAAAGUCUCCUCAACCAGUGAAUGAUGAUCACAUUCGUGAAACUAAGAACGCGGUGAUUCGAGACUUGGGGAAAAAAAUAAAUUUCAGUGAUGUCAGACCAAACCAGCAGGAGUACAAAAUUUCAAGCUUUGAGCAGAGGCUGAUGAAUGAAAUAGAGUUUCGCUUGGAACGUACUCCUGUUGAUGAAUCAGAUGAUGAAAUUCAACACGAUGAGAUCCCCACGGGCAAGUGUAUUGCUCCUAUCUUUGACAAGAGACUCAAGCACUUCCGGGUCACAGAAGGCUCUCCAGUCACAUUCACCUGCAAAAUUGUUGGGAUACCUGUUCCAAAGGUUUACUGGUUCAAAGAUGGUAAGCAGAUUUCUAAGAGAAAUGAGCACUGCAAAAUGAGGCGAGAAGGAGAUGGGACAUGUUCUCUGCACAUUGAAUCCACCACCAGUGAUGACGAUGGCAACUACACCAUCAUGGCAGCCAACCCCCAGGGGAGGAUCAGCUGUUCUGGCCACUUGAUGGUACAAAGCUUGCCCAUUCGCAGUCGACUAACCUCUGCUGGUCAGUCUCACAGGGGAAGAUCCCGAGUGCAAGAAAGAGACAAAGAGCCCCUACAGGAACGCUUUUUCCGACCACAUUUCCUGCAGGCUCCUGGGGAUAUGGUAGCUCACGAGGGGCGCCUCUGUCGGCUGGACUGUAAGGUGAGUGGUUUACCGCCCCCGGAGCUGACGUGGCUACUCAAUGGCCAACCUGUGCUACCAGAUGCCUCCCACAAGAUGCUGGUCAGGGAGACCGGAGUCCACUCUCUGCUCAUUGACCCGCUCACUCAGCGCGACGCGGGGACCUAUACGUGCAUCGCUACCAACAAAACCGGGCAGAAUUCUUUUAGCCUGGAGCUCUCUGUAGUAGCCAAAGAGGUGAAGAAAGCACCAGUGAUCCUGGAGAAACUACAGAACUGCGGUGUUCCCGAAGGCCACCCUGUGAGACUGGAGUGCCGCGUAAUAGGCAUGCCCCCACCUGUGUUCUACUGGAAGAAAGACAAUGAGACCAUCCCUUUCACCAGAGAGAGGAUCAGUAUGCACCAGGACACGACAGGGUAUGCCUGCCUUCUCAUUCAGCCAGCCAAGAAAUCAGAUGCUGGAUGGUACACGUUGUCAGCCAAGAACGAAGCCGGCAUCGUGUCGUGCACUGCCAGGCUGGAUAUAUACGCUCAGUGGCACCAUCAGAUCCCACCGCCCAUGUCUGUCCGGCCCAGCGGCAGUCGCUACGGAUCUCUCACCAGUAAAGGACUUGACAUAUUUUCUGCCUUUUCCUCCAUGGAAAGCACGAUUGUGUAUUCAUGCUCUUCUCGGAGCGUGGUGGAGAGUGAUGAACUUUAAGAAUGUCUGGGUGCCUGCUGUGUAACACAGCGGACUGUGGAGGGGGAAUGAGAACAAGCCAGACUUGGUGGUUUCCAAACAAUCGAAGUUGAGUAAGUUCCCAUGCUGCUGGACCUGUGGCAAGGAGUGCUUUGAACAAGUCAGCUAGGGAUUCUUGCAGUCUCAGCUGGGGGAGAAAGGUAGGGCCGUGCCUUCUAAAGAUUCCAACAGAGAUGUGAGAAGAUAAUACAGAUGAACCAAAGAUGUCACACAGUUGCCAUCCACUGCUUUGGGAAAAAACUAGCAUGUUCCCCUGCCCCCUGUUGUGUUAGGGAUGUUUAGGUUGUACUAGGAGCAAUUAGGAGCAAUAUGCCUGGGCUGAGAGGAGUUAGGCAGUAGUGACCUUAGGAUAUAACUAACUCACCAAACAAUGCCAAGGAGAAAGGUGGGGAGGUCACCAUCGCCUUUCAUCGAUUACAUGUAUAGCAGUAGUUUUGGUGAAUUCACUAAAUCAGCUUCCACUUAGCAUUAGGAGGUCAUGCCAUACAACUCACGUAUGCAGACAGACACUUUUGAUUUGCAUAUCCUGGGUGUACUGAGCCACAUAAUAAGGUGUCAAAAUGUGCUUGAGAGUCCAAAAACUCACUGAAACAGUUGAUAUUGCACAGUGCACUUGUUUUGUGGCCAAAACAUGGCCUUACCAGCUUGUCUGCACCAUUUUCUUUUGGGUGGUGACUGGUUUUUUCUGACUUUGCAUAUCCCUAGACACUAGAACUAAAGGAUUGUUAAUAAGCCAAUCAGAAAGAAAUCCUCUGCGGGGUCACUUUAAAAACUACUAGCUUCUACUGCCACUUACAAAAUGUGCAAGAGUCAUCAUUUACCCACAAAAUACACCUCACGCGCUCCUACCCCUCUCCCCAAAAGUCUGAAAGUGCAGGAGGAAGGAAGAGAUACAAACAAGGAGAGGAAAUGAUGGGAGAGGGUUGUUUCUGUCACUUGCCCCAGCAGAGCAGUGGUUUUGGAAGCAGAGGUCUUUAAUCGCUUUGAAAUGCUUUGAGAUCAUUAGUCAAAUUGCAUUUUCUAUGUAGAAAAUAUUCUGCUAAGUGGAAAAGUUGGGGGAAAGGGGAAUAUGCAUCUUUAUUCUAAUCACCAAUUCAAACCCUGCCUCUUAAGGAAUUUUUAGACUUAAGUUCACUGUGAUAUCCCUAGUGCCUAGAAGAGUACCUAGCACAAAGUAGACAUUCAAUAAAUAUUUGCUGGAUGAAUGAAUCUUCUAUUAUUAUGUCUAUUAUAAGAUAGCCUAGUCUUAUAUUCUGCAGGAGUAUACCACCCACACACCAGUCCAAACACUGCCCUGGGAACGCUCAUGAUAGCACAGUUUGCUCUAGGCUGUCCAGGGAAAUGAAUUGCAGGUGUCUGUUACCAAUUCCCUGUGCUCUAAUCUCUGAUGCUGUCUGUGCCAAGCACCCCCAGCUGGCAUUGUAUUUGUGUGAACAGAUAGUAACUGCUUAGAAAGGCUUGAAACUUUCUUCACUUCAAGGCAAGGAUUUCCAGCAUAAAAAUAAAUUCAUUCACUCGAGAAA